AGGGAGCGAGAGGGAGUACGACGUGAGCACCAAGAGAUGACGAGGGAGGCGCAAUGGUGUAUUCUAAAUACCAUAAAACUGCUGCCGACAACCUAGAAAAAGGGGAAAAUAGAGGCCGACCGGACAAGACAAAUAGCAGGAGAGACUUAAACAUUUUUCGACUGGAACCGGUUGCUGUUUCCAAUGCUUGACGGGUUAAAAUAAAGAAAAUGAACAACAGAAGGUGUUUUUUCGCAGUUGUUUAGAUAUAGCCAUAAUUAAAAGCCGGAGUGUCAUCAUAUAAAGCAGUGUUACGGAAUAUUUUAACUUGAAAGAGCGAUAAUCGUAUUUAAAAAAUUGUGUUGUUUCUUCGUUCGUUAUAGCUCCAAAUUCUCGCGUUCCGGAUACUUUUUUAUGGAUCCGUUUAGAAAAGGAGCGAUUACGGGUGAGCUUUGAUGGACAGGUGCAGCCGCGGGCGGCAAUAAUACCUCGCAGCGCUGCGCCAGUGGUCUGUGAUUCUGCAAUAAGCGACUGAUAAAAAGCAAUAAAUUGCGCUGUAAAUAAGUGUUCCAUUGCGCCAUGGGCGAUGAGGCGACUAACUUCGGGAGAAGAUACGCUCGCUAUUGUCUCCAGUCAUCUGCCCCGUGGAUAUUCUAACGGUUUAAAUGAUCGGAUGUGCACACAGCAACUGAUCUUUCUGGGUUUAUAUAAAAAGAAAACUUUUGAUUGGAUUUUGACUGGAUAGCAAUAUAUUACACUACCGAGAGUAGCUCUCAACUACGUCUGACAGCACUGUGAUCUUAUUUUCAUGAUGGAAAUAGAAAUUUAUUUUUGAAUUUAUAAAAUAAUUCAUAGCCAAAUUAGUUAGUUUUGAAUAUUGUACAUAGAGUCAGGUAUUUUACUUUUAAAGGAUCGUUAUAUUUGCACUAUGAUGGAAACGCCACCUUGCUCGAGGAAGAGCUUGUCUUUGUCUUUGCCAGUGCCCCGGGAGGGGCAGGCCACCCUCAAGCCUCCGCAACACCUCUGGAGACAGCCCCGGACCCCAAUCAAAAUAAAGCACCGUGGAUACUCGGACACGGAUCGGCACCACCACCCACAGAUCGAGCGCUCCAACGCGGUGGACACAAGCGACCGACCCGGGCUUAAGAAGACUCGGAUGUCGUGGCCAUCCUCUUUUCAUGGAACGACCAGCACGUCUAUCGCUAACUGUGUGGGAAAUAAAAGAUUCGACGUGGAGAAUGGCCUGUCCUCAGCACGCAGUCCACUGGACUCGCAGGCGAGUCCGGGGCUGGUUCUGCACCCCACCUUCCCACAGAGUCAGCGGCGCGAGUCCUUCCUGUACCGCUCUGACUCUGACUACGACACAUCCCCCAAGAGCAUGUCCCGAAACUCCUCCGUGACCAGCGAGGGACACACGGAGGAUCUCAUCGUCACCCCGUUCGCUCAGGUGUUGGCCAGUCUACGAACUGUAAGAAGCAACUUCACCAUCCUAGCCAAUGUCACCACACCUACCGCCAACAAGAGGACCCCUCUGGGAAGCACACCUACGGUUCCUAAGGCAACGCUUUCAGAGGAGACAUACCAGCAGCUUGCGCGUGAGACACUUGAGGAGCUCGACUGGUGUCUGGAGCAGCUGGAGACAAUCCAGACACAUCGCUCUGUCAGUGACAUGGCCUCCACAAAGUUUAAGCGGAUGCUGAACCGGGAGCUCUCUCACCUGUCUGAGAUGAGCCGCUCCGGGAACCAGGUCUCAGAGUACAUCUCCAAUACUUUCCUGGAUAAGCAGAACGAGGUGGAGAUCCCAUCACCCACGCAAAAACAGCAGGACAAACCCAUGUGCCACAUCAGCGGUGUCAGGAAGCUCACCCGCAGCUCCAGCCAAGCCAACCCCAUCGUGCCCCGCUUCGGGGUCAAGACGGAGCAUGAGGAUGCUCUCUCCAGGGAGCUGAACGACUUGAAUAAAUGGGGCCUCAACAUCUUCCGUGUGGCUGAUUUCUCUAGCAACAGGCCUCUCAGUUGCAUCAUGUUCGCCAUCUUCCAGGAGAGAGACCUGCUGAAGACGUUCCGUAUCCCGGUGGACACGUUCGUCAACUACAUCAUGACCCUGGAGGACCACUACCACGCCAACGUGGCCUAUCACAACAGCCUACACGCCGCUGAUGUCACGCAGUCUACACACGUGCUGCUGUCCACGCCCGCCCUCAACGCGGUCUUCACUGAUCUGGAGAUCCUGGCUGCUCUGUUUGCUGCCGCCAUUCACGACGUGGACCACCCUGGCGUCUCAAACCAGUUCCUUAUCAACACCAACUCAGAGCUGGCACUGAUGUACAACGACGAGUCGGUCCUGGAGAACCAUCACCUUGCCGUGGGCUUCAAACUGCUGCACGAGGAGAACUGUGACAUCUUCCAGAACCUGACCAAGAGGCAGCGACAAAGCCUGCGCAAGAUGGUCAUCGACAUGGUGCUGGCGACAGACAUGUCCAAGCACAUGAGUCUGCUGGCUGAUCUGAAGACGAUGGUGGAGACCAAGAAAGUGACGAGUUCAGGAGUGCUGCUGUUGGACCAUUAUACAGACCGCAUACAGGUGCUGAGGAACAUGGUGCACUGUGCGGACCUGAGCAACCCCACCAAGCCACUGGACGUCUACAGGCAGUGGACCGAGCGCAUCAUGGAGGAGUUCUUUAGGCAGGGCGACAAGGAGCGGGAGCGAGGCAUGGAGAUCAGCCCCAUGUGUGACAAGCACACGGCCUCCGUGGAGAAGAGUCAGGUGGGAUUCAUCGACUACAUCGUACACCCCUUGUGGGAGACCUGGGGGGACUUGGUGCACCCCGACGCUCAGGACAUCCUGGACACGUUAGAGGACAACCGCGACUGGUACCAGAGCACCAUCCCACAGAGCCCCUCGCCCCCACCAGACCUGGGGGACCCGCAGCUUGAAGGCUGCCUAGAAAAGUUCCAGUUCCAGCUGACCCUAGAGGAACCGGACCAGAACCACCUGACUGAGGACUGCUGCGCUGAAGAGGAGGAAGAGGAAGAAGUGAUGGAGGAAGAGGUGGAGGAUGAGGUGGGCCCUGCACCGCCAGCGGAGUCCGCGGGCGCCGAGGCGGGAAACACAAACUCCGACGGUACCCCUGAAGAAGAGGAGGCGUCUUCCUCCCCGCUCGAUGACUCAGGUUUGCAGACGGACCGCAAGAUGCUCCGGCUACAAGUGAUUCUGAUCGUGAGCCUGGGCGCUGCCUUGGGGGCUGCGGUGGAGGUGCACCGGCCUCGGGGGGUCCCGCUGGAGAAUCGACACUUUUAUGAUGAGAGCCGGCCCUUCACUUGCCUGGACGGCUCCCGCACCAUCCCCUUCGACCGCGUCAAUGACGACUACUGCGACUGCAAGGACGGCUCCGAUGAACCAGGUACGGCAGCCUGCCCCAACGGCAGCUUCCACUGUACCAACAGCGGCUUCCGGGCCACCUUCAUCCCUUCAUCGCGGAUCAAUGACGGCGUCUGCGACUGCUGUGACACGACCGACGAGUACAACAGCGGGGCCUCCUGUCAGAACACCUGCCGGGAGCUGGGCCAAAAGGAGAGGGAGACCCUGGAGAAGAUGGCGGAGGUCACGAGGGAGGGCUUUCUGCUGAAGCAGCAGCUGAUCGAGGAGGCAAAGAGGGGCCUGCAGGAGAAGCAGGGCAAGCUGUCCGAGCUGCAGGCCAGCAGGAAGGAGCACGAGGACAAGGUGGACGCACUCCGGACUGUGAAGGAGACCGCAGAGCAGCCAGAGAGAGAGGCCAAAGAGCGCCACCUGAAGGCAUGGGAGGCGCAAAAGGCUUCUCUCCAGCUGGAGAAGGAGAAGGCCAAGAUGGCUGAGGUGUUCCUGGAGCUGGAUGAUGAUGCAGAUGGCCUGGUGUCUGUGCCCGAGCUACAGACCCACCCAGAGCUAGACCCCGAUGGCGAUGGCACCUUGACCGACACAGAAGCUCAGGGGCUGCUGAGUGGAGCUGACAAGGUGGACUCUGCUGGAUUCCAGAACGUCUGGAGUAACAUCAAGGACAAAUAUGCUUCCGAGUCCCAGCCAGCCCCUCCUCCACCACAAGAACCCCAAGACUCCGAGCUCGACCAGGACAAGGAUUCCGGCAAGGAUUCCGAGAAAGAUGCGGACCAACCCUAUCCCGAGGAUGACCCUGGUGACGAAGAGGAUGACGAGGAGGAGGACGAUGACGAUGACGACGUUCCAGAGGAGUACGACGACAAGGCGCCCCCUGCUGGUCCGCCAGCAGAACACAGCGAUGACGGUGAUGGGGCCAUGCCGUCGUAUGACGAGGAAACGCAGGCGCUGAUCGAUGCUGCUCAGAAAGCCCGAGAUGAGUUUGAUUCAGCAGAGAAGUCCCUCCGUGAAGUUGACGAUCAGAUCAAGAGCCUCGAGAAGGAGAUCUCGUUUGACUUCGGCCCCAGUGCAGAGUUUGCCUACCUCUACAGCCAGUGCUAUGAGCUGACCACCAAUGAAUACGUUUACAGGUUGUGUCCCUUCAACCGCGUAUCCCAGAAGCCUAAAUACGGUGGAUCGGAAACCAACUUGGGGUCGUGGGGCUCCUGGACCGGACCCGAGGGCAGCAAAUACUCCACCAUGAAGUAUGACCAUGGGACGGGCUGCUGGCAGGGACCGAACAGGUCCACCACGGUGAAGCUCACGUGCGGGAAGGAGACGGCGGUACUGUCCACCUCGGAGCCCAGCCGCUGUGAGUACCUGAUGGAGUUCUCCACUCCAGCCAUUUGCCAGGAGCCUCCCAGCCUGGGGACGGUCGCCCCGGAGACCGAUCCCCAUGACGAGUUCUAGAACUGCUGCUGAGGAGAGCCCCCAGGUCUAUGGGACCAGAUCACUGCCCUCCUUUUCCAAGACCUCCUGAUACCCUCUUCUUGAUAUGUCCUGAGCACUUACUUCAUUUAGACCUGACAAGAAAAUCCUCACGGCUGGGUUUGCACUGUUCUCCUCACUGGUUUUGAGCUGAUGGGUCCGUUCCUUGCCCCUCCCACCGACAAACGCCCACCCAUAAAGAUACUGCUGUGAAAUACCCAUACCCCCCCCCCCCAAAAAAAAAAAAAACAGAUGUCUUGCUAAUAAACUGUAAGUGUCCGGUC